AUGGUGUUGGAGCAGCUCCGGGGCACUGAACUGGCCAAGGGCCAGAGCGGCAACGGGCUGCUGGAGGCCGCGGUGGCGGCGGGCUGCCUGGAGCUGGCGAUGAGUACCUUCAAGGAGAUGAAGAGCAACAACAGUCGGGAUGUGAGCUCUUGCAACAUCAUGCUCAGGGCCCUGGUCACUCGCAAAGGUGGCUUCCAGCAAGCCAAGGACCUGAUGGAGGAGAUGGCGGGCUCGGGGCUUCGGCCCAACACUGCCAGCUUCAACAUCCUGCUGGGUGCCGCAGUGGCCCAGGGCGACCUGGACUUCACUUGGCGGACAAUCGACAAGAUGGAGCGUCAUGGUCCUAGCGUGGACGCGUACACCAUGAGCAUCCUUUUCAAGGGCUACAAGACCCGGCAGAACUUUGACUUUGAUCGCGCGGUGGACCUGGUCUCCAGGCACUGCGGCAAGAUGGACGAGGUCCUGGUGAAUGUCAUCCUGGAGGUUUGUGUCGGCCUGAGGGACACCUACCGCCUCAGCAAGGUGCUGCAGAUGCUGAAGCGGUCUGGGUGGGACCUUCCCAAGCAUUGCAACGCCAACACCUACUCCGGCCUCAUCAAGGCCUUCGGCUCGACGAACCAGAUGCAUAAGGCCCUUGAGCUCUGGGCGGAUAUCAAGCGCCAGGGAAUUGCGCCCAGCGAGCACAUGUUUGCACAGAUGAUCGACGUGCUAGUGACAGGUGGGCGCCUGCCGCAGGCGCUGGAGCUCUUUGAGGAGAUGCGCCAGGCCCACGGUGACAGGAUGAGCUCCAGUGGCUUUGCCAUGGCCUAUGCCAUGGUGGUGAAGGGCUAUGCCCAGCAGAAGGACGCUGUGCGCGCCUUGCAAUGCUACGAGGAGAUGAAGGCGCUGGGGGUCCACAUCGGCGUGGUGGUGCUCAACACGCUGAUCGAUGCCUGCUGCCGCGUGGGGGACAUGGCCCGCGCGGGCGAGCUCCUGGAUGACAUGGCCCGUUUGGAUAUUGUCCCCGACCUGAUCACCUAUAGCACGCUCAUCAAAGGCUACUGCGCCAAGGGGGACCUGGAUCAGGCCCUCGCGCUCUUCGGCGCGAUGCGCCGCAAAGGCAUCAAGCCGGAUGCCAUCGUGUUCAACAGUCUCCUGGACGGCUGCGCGCGCAAAGAAAUGCCAGCGCUCUGCGAGCAGGUGAUCAAUGAUAUGAUUGCAGCCGGCGUGCAGCCGAGCAAUUACUCUGCCUCCAUUCUCAUCAAGCUCUACGGUCGCAUUGCCGACCUCGACGCCGCCUUCAAGGUCCUAGACGAGAUGCCGCUGAAGUUUGGGUUUCGGCCCAAUGCGGCGGUCUACACGACUCUGAUGUCUUCCUGCACCUGGAACGGCCGCAUUGACCUGGCCAUGAACCUCAAGGAUCGCAUGAUGGAGGAUGGCCAAGUGCCGGACGAGAAGACCUACUCCACCCUCUUGCGUGGUGCGAGCCGGUCUGGUCAGACUGAGCAUCUUGCAGCGCUGCUUUGGGAGGCCUUGGAACAAGGCGGCAGUCGCCGUUUGUUGGACAAAGACGUGGUGCAGCACGCCCUGCAGACCAUCAUGAAGCCGCUGCCCCGGAUCUGGGGCUGCGCCGGGCAUGGCUGCAGCGGGACGGAGACGAACUGCUGCGGCGCCUGGUUUGCGCUGGGUACGACGUCCGCCGCCCCUGCGGAGAGGCCAAGGCUGGCUACGAACGCCUGGGGCCCCGACGCGAAUGUGUGCAUCGGGGAUUGCGAAGCGCCAGCGCCGCCUCAGCUGCUUUCGGCGCUGAUUUCGAAGAACUCUGCCAGCUUGGCAGGUAUCCCCGAACGCUGGGUACUGAAGCCCAAUUUUGUUGGACUCUUGCCAUUGUGGCUUUGCAUCGGGGUGAUGGUGCUGUGCUGGCAACUGGGCACACCUGAGGAUCAGGCCAGCUGCCCAGAGGCCGCGCACCUCGGCGUGUUUGGCUUGCCUGGCGUGUGCUGUUGGGCAUCAGGCGCUACGUGUGCUGGGGCCCUGUGCCUUGCUGCCGGCGCCUGUGUCCAGCAAGCUGGCCCGAACGCCCUCCACCUCCACAGACCGCUGGCAGCCGGGCUCUUGGCUUUCGGCCGUGCAUUGCCAUUUGUGCAUGUGAGGAGCGCCGGCGACGUGUCGAUCUUGCAAGAGCCGGUCGAGCGACCGCUCAGCAGAUACCUUCACAAGAAGGAUUCCCACUACCAGCGCAUAGUACCGGAUUGGCACCUGCAGAUGAAGACUCUGGAGCAGCAGAAGCUCUACGAAGGCGACUUCUCUUUGCUGGUGAAAGAGGUCACUGAGGACGGUGCCAUCGUCCAGGAUGUUACCACCGGUGUCUUUGGCUUCCUGCCCAACGAGCGCAGUGGCGCUUUCCAGGACAAGCUGAUACCCGGGGACACCGUGCAGGGGGCGAGGUGUACCUACUUGGACACCACAAUCAUUCAAAGCCCCGACCCCAGCAUGCUUCGCAUGCAGACGGGUGUAGUGUUCGAGUGGGACGAGGCCAAUGGCGAAGGCUUCAUCAUCCCUUCCGAGGAGCAGGACGCCUACCGCAUGCUCCGAGUGGUACGCCGCGACAUCAAGUGGCAUGACAGCCGACGCCUUUUCCCUGGCCAGUUUGUCCAGUUCGACACGGCCCUGCCCCACGAGGUGCCGGUGCCCUCGCAGUUGGACGCCGCCUGCCCGGUGGCGCUGAGGGUGCGAGGUCUCGAGGUGGUUUUCUCCCUGGAGGAGGCCUACGAGCUCAUCCCCCAGGGCUCCACGGAGCCGCUUCUGCUGGAGGCGCCCUCCAAGCCCUCCGAGUCGGACGAGCCCGAGUCAAACUUCGAGGAGCCCGAGCCGGAGGGCACGAUGGUGCGCUCCACCCAGGCCCAGGCGCUGGCGGAGCGCCCGGGCCGCACUGCUUUCCCGGUGAUGCCCGGGAGGCCCGAGCUCGCAGCGCAGAAGAAGACCCACCCGCUGCUGCAGCGCUUUGCACAAAAGGAGCCACAGCUAGCAGAGGCGGAGAGCCCCUCCUGGCUGUGGGAGCCUCACCUGGAAUAUCUCAAGGAGGAGCGCUACGAUCCCAUCGUGCCUGUGCAGCUGAAGCAGAUGCCGGUGAAGCCGAAGCGCAAGCGCAUCCUGGUGCACGAGGAGGCGCUGAAGCGGGGCGACACUUGGCAGGAGGGUGCAAUGCGGAAGCACAACAAGCUCUGGAAUAAGAUGAAGCCCCCAGGCCGCGAGCAACAAGAGCUCAGAUCUAGGAGGCACAUGGCAAGUGAGAAGGGCUACCGGCUUGAGCAGAUCAGGCGCGCCAAGUGGAAGCUCAGCGAGCAGCAGAAGGCGGAGCGUCGCGCCGCCCUGCGCUCCUGA